UUGUCCAAAGCACAGCUUUUUCAUAGAUAAAGGCUCAGAAAAACCUGGUUUGACUGGAGCAAUGGUCACAGAAAUCCCCUUCACACAUCCAAAACAUGUGCCUGAUAUGAUUGAGGUGCUCCGGCAUCAGGCCACAUAUAACACCCUCAUUAGCAGUUGCGUGUCUGAGAAGACUGGAUGUGACGAUCCAUUGGAACAGCUUCAUUUUGAAGUCUCUCAGGAAAAGGCCACUAGCUUUUCAGUAACAUUCCAGCAUCCUUUGAAGGAAAGCCUUACCUGUGUAAUGAUCAACGUUUUGAGCUCACGGGAAAUUCAGUGCACUCUCUUUCCAAUUUCUGAAGAUUCCUUAAAUUGCAGCAAUGACUAUCUCACAAGAGUCAUGAAGCGGUGCACAUCUGUCCCAAUCCUCAUGAGAGCUAUUUUCAAGAAAGCUACCAAACCAGAAGUUGAAGUUACUCAAAGCACAGGCAGAAACACUGAAGAAAGCUCCAGUGAUGUUCAAGUUGAAACCACCCAGGAGUAG